AUGUUGUCCCGUCUCGCUAGAGUUCAACCAAAAGUUGCGCACUUCAGCACAACCAGCUCUUCAGCUGCUCCACCAACUGUCAAACUUUGGAUCGAUGGACAACCAGUUGAAUCGAAGACAACCGACUUUGUCGAACUCACCAAUCCUGCAACAAACGAGGUAAUUGGACUUGUUCCAAAUUCGACACAAGCUGAAAUGCAAGCCGCUGUCGAUUCAGCAAAAAUUGCUUACAAAAAAUGGUCAACAACGUAAGUUCUUUUAUUGCGAAAAAAACCUAUAAGGUUAUUAUAAAACUGACAAAUUUCAGUUCGCCAUUGACCCGCCAACAAACAAUGUUCAAAUUGCAAGCUCUCAUCAAGCGUGAUAUUCGCAAUAUUGCUGAAAAUAUCACACAAGAACAAGGAAAAACUCUUCCAGAUGCUGAAGGAGAUGUUAAUCGUGGUAUUCAAAUCGUCGAACAUGCUUGUUCAGUUCCAUCUUUAAUGAUGGGAGAAACUCUUCCAAAUGUUUCCCGUGAUAUGGAUACAAUUUCAUACAGAGUUCCACUCGGUGUCACCGCUGGAAUCUGUCCAUUCAAUUUCCCAGCAAUGGUUCCACUUUGGAUGUUCCCAUUGGCUUUGGCGACUGGAAAUACAAUGGUUUUGAAACCAUCUGAACAAGAUCCAGGAGCAACUCAAAUGUUGGUUGAAUUGGCUAAAGAAGCCGGAGUUCCAGAUGGUUGUGUUAAUGUUAUUCAUGGUACACAUUCAGCUGUCAAUUUCAUUUGUGAUAAUCCAGAUAUUAGAGCUAUUUCAUUUGUUGGAGGAGAUGCUGCUGUAAGUUUUAUUUUGUAUCUUAAAAUUGAAAUGUAUAUUUGUUUUCUAUUUAGGGACGACACAUUUAUGAACGAGGAGCCAAGAAUGGAAAACGUGUUCAAUCAAAUAUGGGAGCUAAAAAUCACGGAGUUAUUAUGCCAGAUUGUAAUAAAGAACAAACUUUGAAUCAAUUGACAGCCGCUGCUUUUGGAGCUGCUGGACAACGUUGUAUGGCUCUUUCAACUGCAAUUCUUGUUGGUGAAGCACGUAACUGGAUUCCAGAAUUAGUCGAAAAAGCAAAGGGAUUGAAAGUUAAUGCUGGAUGGAAAGCUGAUACUGAUGUUGGACCAUUGAUCUCAAAACAAGCUAAAGAAAGAGCUAUUCGUUUGAUCAACAGUGCUAAAACCGAAGGAGCUAAUGUUGUUUUGGAUGGAACAAAUGUUAAUGUUCCAGGAUUUGAAAAUGGUAACUUUAUCGGACCAACAAUUAUCACUGGAGUUAAGCCAAAUAUGACAUGCUACAGAGAAGAAAUCUUCGGACCAGCUUUGGUUGUUUUGGAAGCUGCUGAUUUGAAUGAAGCAAUUGAGAUUAUUAACAAUAAUCCAUAUGGAAAUGGAACUGCUAUUUUCACAAGCAAUGGUGCCACAGCCAGAAAAUUCACCAACGAAGUCGAUGUUGGACAAAUCGGAAUCAAUGUUCCAAUUCCAGUUCCACUUCCAAUGUUCUCAUUCACCGGAUCACGUGGAUCAUAUUUGGGAGAUUUGAACUUCUACGGAAAAGCUGGUAUUCAAUUCUACACUCAAUGGAAAACAAUCACUCAAUACUGGAACGAAUCAUUGACCGAACUCAAACCUCAAAUGUCAUUCCCACAACUUAAGUAA